AUGAGAGAGCUACAAUAUCUCUUCGUUUUUAUCCUCAUGCAGCUCCAGCUUGCUGGCGCCCAGUAUAGCACAGCUACGAGCGAUACUUCUAGCUCUACUACAAGUUCAUCAAUGGGCACCUCGAGCCCGUCAGCGGUACAAACAGUUGAUGUUGGUGAACAUGGCUUCAGUUUCGACCCUGAUACUCUUAAAGUUGCUCCAGGCGGCAAAGUCGAGUUCCAUUUCUAUCCUGGUAACCAUUCAGUGGCGCAGGCCUCUUUUAACAAGCCAUGUCACCCUAUGAAUGAUAGUAGUAUUUUCUCUGGAUUUAUAGCACCAAGUACUGGUGAAUCGGACACUGUCUUUACGGUCACUGUGAAUGAUACGAAUCCUAUUUGGUACUACUGUGGUCAGAUCGGCCAUUGUCAGGCGGGUAUGGUUGGGGUGAUAAACCCACCGGCCUCCGGCUCAGACACUUUGGAAGCAUUUAAAUCGGCAGCUUCGAAUGCAAAUGGAGAUAGUGUGCCAUCCAGGGUCCAAGGUGGCACUCUCAGUACCUCGAGCCCCAAAUCGUCCUCGACCUCUACCAGCGAGACGAGCACUCAUAGCACGAGCACUCACAGCAACACAGCCACCACGAGCGCAUCACCCACUACCACCAAUAGCCCAAGCCCUACCGCUACUAACAUUGCAGGGAACCUACAAGCUUCGACCGAUUCAAGCAUUGUCUUCAUUUUGACUUUAGUGGCCUUUGUUCUGUUUAUGUAGAUUUAGCGAAGCUUGAGGGGUAUGUUGUUGAGAGCUUAGGUCUACCUAUUCUCUGAUAAAACUCAGCUGUUCGUCCCUGUCGACGCACGGGCUACAUUAAUUAAGUGGUGCUUUUAGUGUAUCUACGCUGAGGUACGCU